CUCGAACCCUGACGGCGCUGUGUGAAGUGGGGACCCCAGCCAUGCUCCAGAUCACGUGGUGCCAGGAGCCAGUGACCUUUGAGGACGUGGCUGUGUACUUCACUCAGAAUGAAUGGGUUAUCCUGGACCCUUCACAGAGGGCUCUGUACCGGGAGGUGAUGCUGGAGAAUUAUGCAAAUGUGGCUUCCCUGGCUUUUCUAUUCACCAGGCCUGUUCUGGUCUCCCAGCUAGAGCGAGGGGAACUACCAUGGGGCCUGGAACCCUGGGAGCCUGCAGGCAGAGAAGCCCUCAGAGGCAUCUGUCCAGGGGGUGAGACCAGAGCUGAGAAGGAAGAAUCAACUCCAAAGGAACACAUUUCUAAAGAAACGGAGUCCCACAGACUGACAUUAGGAGGGCUGCCAGGGAAUGUUCCCCAGCACCUGGACUUUGGGAGCAGCCCAGAGCAGCAGCAUGGUCACUGGGUAGCUAAGAAGGCCAAGUCAAAGAGGAGAGAUUUCACAGAUGGGCCAACCAGCCAUCGCGAGGCCUGCACCGUUGGGAGUGGGGAGCAGUGUGAGAAAUCUGGGGAAAACGUUAGUGUCAGCAGGCAACUCAGUACAGAUCAGACAGUUCCUAGUGGUCAGCUAUCAUACGAAUGUAGAAAAUGUGGCAGAUACUUUAGUCGAGUGGCGGAUUUUCAGGGAUGUCACACUGGUGAAAGGUCUUUCAAAUGCAAAGAAUGUGGAAAAGCCUUCAGAUACAACUCAUUACUUAUUCGGCAUCAGGUAAUUCACACUGGAAAGAAACCAUUUAAAUGUAAAGAAUGUGGGAAAGGUUUAAGUUCAGACACGGCCUUGAUUCAGCAUCAGAGAAUCCACACUGGAGAGAAGCCCUAUGAAUGUAAGGAGUGCGGCAAGGCCUUCAUUAGCAGUUCUGUUUUCCUCCAGCAUCAGAGGUUCCACACUGGGGAGAAACUCUAUGAAUGUAACGAAUGUUGGAAGACUUUCAGUUGUAGCUCAAGCUUUAUCGUCCAUCAGCGAGUGCACACUGGGGAGAAGCACUACGAAUGUAAAGAGUGCGGGAAACGGUUAAGCUCCCCCACAGCCUUGACUCAGCAUCAGCGCAUUCACACCGGGGAGAAACCUUUUGAAUGUAAGGAGUGUGGGAAGGCCUUUAGUCAGAAAAUCACCCUGGUCCAGCACGAGCGAGUUCACACUGGUGAGAAACCGUACGAGUGUGAGGUGUGUGGGAAAACCUUCAGCUGGUGUGGGCGAUUCACUCUGCAUCGGAAACUACACACACAGAAGAUACCUGUGCAAGAGUAGGGUUGUCUGCAGCUGGGUGUGCUGUGCCUCCUUGUUUCUCCCCACUCCUGUUCGCCAGCACGCUCUUUACAGUUAGAAAAGAAGAAACAAACCCCCAAACUCAGAUGUACAAGGAAAUGUAACUGGCUGAUACUCUGUGGAGUUUGUGGUGUCCCUGAGUGCCCCGCAAGACGGAUGAGGGAUGUGUGGGAGGGCCUACAUCAGGGGACACCGCUGUGAAUUAUCAAAACUCCAGGCUUUAAGAGGAGAUCUUAAAAAGGUUCUAGAAAAAACAAAAGAUCAGGUAUAAGAAUGCAAUAGAUUUCAGAACAGCAGUCUUGAAAGUUAGAGGACAGUGGUGUAUUCCUGCAAAAUUCUAAGGGAACAUAAGUUCCACCCAGUGUUUAGUACCCUCAAGUGUGAGCUUAGUAUAAACUUUUAGAUUUUGAACCUUUGUCUCCCAUGCAUCCAUUCUCAGGUGUGCAACACUAAACAAGGGGUCAACCAGAAAAGAAACCCUAUCACAAUCUAUAUUAGGAGUCUCCUAGACUCAGAAACAGAGGGCACUUGUCCAUGUGGAGCCAUCUGUAUUUUGGAGGAUAUUCGUAAUAGGCUGCAAGUUUUCAGAGACCUACCUCAGGUGCAGUGCCCACCCACACUACUUACUCUGUAGUUACUUAUCAUUGCUCAGUUGUAAUCUGUGCCUUUGCGAAAGUUGGGGUAUAUAUGUAUCCUUUGAGUGAAAUGCAAGGCCCUAUUUAUUCAUCCAUCUCAUUGCUCUUCCAAGUCACCCUCAUAGCAGGAAGCAUUUCCUUGCAACUUCAUUUAGUUCUAUCUUAUCAUGGAAGAAGUGUCCGUUAUUUUCUGUUACCAGUGGCGAUGAGGGGAGAUAUAAAGUGUUCUGUUUUAGCAUACCCCUUUUGCAAGCUGCUUGACUUUGCCCACUGCAGGAAGCAGAGUAGUGGAUAAUAAUACAGAGCCAGGCUGACUUUCGUAUGAGCCCAGGUGUGUUACCUUGGUUAAGUACAGACACUACUAAUUUCUUUAUCUGUAAAAUCUGGAUGACAGUCUACCUCAUAGGUUUGUGUUGAGGAUUAAUUGCAUUAAUACACAUAGGAAUGCUUAGAACAAUGGAACCUAAUAAAAGUGUUACUUAUUAUAAUACCAUUGCUAAGGGUUGACUUAUGUAUACACCAUUGAAAUAGUCACCACAGUCAAGAUAAUAAACAGAGCCAUAACCCCCCCAAAUAGCUUAUGCCCCUUGGUAAUCCCUCUCUCAUAGCUUUGCACAGCAACUGCUGAUCUGCUGUCACUUUGGAUGAGUUGCUUUUAUAUAAAUAACCCAUCGUAUGUAUUCUUUCUGGUCUGGUGUCUUUCAGCAUAAAUUAUUUUGAGAUUUACCUAUGUUACAUAUUCAUUAUAUCAGUGGGUUUUUUUUUGUUUUUUUUUUUGGCUGAGUAGUAUUCCACUAUGGAAAUACCAAAAUUUGUCUGUUCAUCUCUUGAUGGCCAUUUGGGCUAUUUCCAGUUUUUGGUUAUUACAAAUAAAGCUGCUAUGAACAUUUGUAUUUAA